AUGACGGCAAAUUGCUGGCUAACCAUUCUAGCAACACUUUUUUGCACACAGCUAUCCACCUCCGUUGGCGUUGAAGCGGUGCAGCAGACAAGUCAAGAGUUGAAAGCGUUCAUUGAACGUGUCGAAGAUCUUGUACUCAACACGACCGAUCGUGCGCUGAUCAUAACCCGAAAUGUCUAUCUCAACAUAAGCAAAGAGAUGCCACCGACACUCUUGCAGAGCACCAAUCAAACGAUGCGCGAUUACAUUUGUAAGGUGAACGAAGCUUUGGACGGCGUGACAUAUACAAAUUUUACACUGAAGCGUAAGCUGUUGCGACAGUUCAAGUUGAAUAAUCUACACAUUGAACUGCUCCGCCGACAAUUGGCUCCGUUGCAGCCGGAAUUCAACUUUCAACUGAUCUCAGAUGAAUUCUACAAAUCACAAAAGAAUAUCACUGAAUUUGAUAAUUUAUAUGUGCACUUUAUGCGUGAGUUCGCGGUUGCCUCGCAGCAGUUGUGGGAUCAACUGUCCGAGCCGACUGUUGAGGAGCAACAGGAGAUGCUGGAGUUGCUCGAUGAAAUUUCCAAAGAACAGGAGUUGCGUGAGAAGGAUAAAUUAUACGAUGAGUUUAUUGCGAUGUUUCUAUUUAAAAUACCCGAGGAUGAGCUACAAGCUAAAGAAUUGUACUGA